CACCCUGAAACACUUGGAACAAAACCGCGGGAAGUUGUUAACUACCUCGGAGUAUUUAACCACUAACAUCUCAUUUGCCUCUUCUCUUCUCCAUCCUCGACUCUUUCAUCACUACUACUGGUAGAUAAGCCAAAGAGAACAGACGAAGAUGGCUUCUUCAUCGAAAGCUCCUAGCCCUUUACUCUAUGCCUGCAUCGCGAAUAGAACCACCAUUUUAGCCGAACACUCCUCCCCCGGCACUUCCUCCACCUCCGCCUCCUCCCUCGCAUCCAUAAUCCUCCCCAAAAUCUCCCACCAAACACCGCAAAAGCUCACCUAUACUCAUGACCGCCUCUUCGUCCACUACAUAGCCGACUCUCCCUCGGCUGCAGGCGAAAAUGGCGAACUCACCUCGCACGCCCCGCUCAGCUACCUAGUCGUUGCCACCGCAGAACUAGGUCGACGCAUCCCCUUCGCCUUCCUCCUCGAGACCCGUCGCAAAUUCCUCACAACCUACAACCCAGAGAGCACCGACUUUAGCGCACUCCCCCCAUACGGCUGUGCAGCCUUCAACACACACCUCCGCGAGCUGCUGCAGACCUACAACACCGCCCCGCCAGCCGACUCGCUUGCCUCUGCGCGCAAGGAGAUCGAUAGCGUACGCGGAAUUAUGACGGAGAACAUCGAGCGGGUGCUGGAGCGUGGGGAGCGUAUUGAUUUGUUGGUUGAUAAGACCGAUCGUCUGGGGGGCAGCGCGCGGGAUUUCCGUGUUCGAAGUCGUGGAUUGAGGCGGCAGAUGUGGUGGAAGAAUGUUAAAGUGAUGGCCUUGUUGGUCGUCGUCGUUGUGUUUUUGGUAUAUUUGUUUGUCGGGAUGGGGUGUGGGUUGCCUGCGUGGGGAAAGUGUUUUGGACGCUAGGAUUGAAUUCCAUAGAUUUGGGACAUUGAUAUCACCAUGAGAUAUUCGUUGUCUUAGAUCUGUUGAGGGUGGAGGCUUUCUUUCUUCUUUCCCAUGUUUUUAACUGGUUUUUAUUUCUGGAUUUUGUAUUUCUUAUGUCUUUGAUAUGUCCUUUUUCUAGCCACAGAGCUUUUGUAUUUGUAUUUUGCCGAGCGCGCAAGUUUUAAUCCUUUCCUUUCAUUGCACUCAUCCCUCGAUGCUAGUAUUUACAGAUACAAAAUCAAAACUUUUUCGUUU